AGAUUUUGAAAAUAUGAUUUCAAAUUUAAAAAAAAUUAAAUUUUAAAAAAUGACUAUUUUAAUUAUUUUUUUAAUUAAAAAUUAUUUUGUGACAAAAAUUUAAAAAUUAUUAUUUGAGAGAAUUGUCGAGUUAUUGCGGUUAUUUUAAUUAAAAUGGAAUGAAUUUCAAAGUUUUUUUAAUCAAUGAUUGAUUUAAAAAGGGAAUGAAUUCAAAGAUUUUUAUCAAUAAUUAAAAUGAAAUGAAAUUAAGUUCCAAAUUUAGGUAUCUUCUUUUCAUACAUGUGGAUUCUGGAUGGAUAUUAAUCUCUUAAUAAAUCAGAAUUAACUUAAAAAUAGAUUGGAGAAUCGUUUUCUUUCCCAUGAUGAUAUAUAAUGUUCAGAUUUUAUGGGAUAAUAACACUCAUUCCCUACAAAUUGACUAAAAAGACAUUGAUCUUCUUCCUUAAAAAUCAAAAUUAUUAAAAGUAAACAAAAUCUAUCAUUAUAAUUUAUUGACAUAAAAAUGAAUAAAACAAUUUAUUAAUUAAUUGCAACAGAACAGUACACACUUAGGUACGACGUGCGUGUGUAUAUAUAACACAUUUGUAACCCUCUGAGGAGGAAGUAAGAAGAGAGAGCAAAAAUGGACUGCAUAAAACACAAGCACCAAGGUCACAGAGGAGUAUGCGCAUCUUGCUUAAGAGAAAGACUCUACUUACUACCCGACACGACGUCGUACUACACCAUAAACCUAUCUAGUAACUCCUCCACCACCACCGUUUCGUCUCCUCCGGUUAAGGAAUACCACCGACGGUCCGGUUCGAUGACGAUGUCGUUCGCUGUGAGGGAAGCGUUUAGUGGUAAGCUGAUGGAGGCUUUGGGUGGAGGGCUGAAGAAAAGCAGAUCCAUGGCUCAUGUUCCCAAAGGUUCUUUUAUCGUUAGUGAUUCGGUGAAGAAGAGGACGACGACGACGGAGAAGUUGAAAUCCACGAAGGCUAAGGUGAGUGGCUUUUGGAGGAAGCUGUUUCAUCUGAAAGGGAGAGGCGGUGGCGCCGACGUCGGAGGGUUGGUUGCUUCACGGCAAAGAGUGUAGGAGAUGCUAUUUUUUUUUUCUCUUUCUUGUUAUGUGUACAUAUUAACAGAAAAAGUCAAAUGGAGUAGAAAUUAUACUCUAUUUUUUCCUACUUAUACAACAAUCAUGUCAUUUUGACACUUUUUUUUUGUAACACUUUUGACACUUCUUUUUAUUAUAUAAAAGGUGUCAUUUUAAAAUUCUGAUGCAUUUUAUAUUUAGUU